ACAGUGUGUGCGCCGUUAAAGCUGACGCGGGGAAGUCAUAAAUAGGGGCAGCAGCGGGGAAGCGGCGGUCCAUUCUGCCUCGCGCGCGCGCCCUCGCCACUCGGCCGUUCUCGUGCGACAAAAGAAAGUUAAGUUGCGACUCGACGGAGCACGAAUAAAGUAAAGUAACGCAGUGAGACGACGGCGACGAACGGGGGAUGGUUUCAUUCAUCACAACUCUCAACGCCGGCCGCCGGGGACGCACAUUGUCCCGCAGAUAGGAGGCGAAGAGUCCAGACGGGGUCUCUACGCGAUGCGGAGCGGCUAGUCGUUGCCCACCGUGAGCCUCGGCCGCUUGCUCGGGUUUUCGUCGCGGGAACAGCCGAGCGGGACGGAGAAGUCCCCCCCCCCCAACCCCCUAGGGGUGCGCGAGCCCGAUGGAUCCCCGGCUGCUGUGCUGCGAGGGGGACAGGCCCGCCCGGGCCUACCGGGACGCCAACCUGCUGACCGACCGGGUCCUGCGCGCGCUCCUGCGGGCAGAGGACCGCUACCUGCCCGCUCCCAACUACUUCAAGUGCGUCCAGCGGGAGAUCGCGCCGUACAUGAGGAGGAUCGUGGCCACCUGGGUGUUGGAGGUGUGUGAAGAGCAAAGGUGCGAGGAGGAGGUUUUCCCCCUGGCUAUGAACUACAUGGACCGCUUCCUGUCCGUGGAACCCACCAAGAAGAACCACCUGCAGUUACUGGGUGCUGCCUGUAUGUUCCUGGCGUCCAAACUGAAGGAGACAAUCCCACUUACUGCCGAGAAGCUCUGCAUCUACACGGACAACUCUAUCACACCCACUCAGCUGCUGCAAAUGGAGCUGCUGGUUUUGAACAAACUCAAGUGGGACCUGGCUUCAGUAACCCCCCUAGAUUUCAUCGACCACUUCCUGUCUCAGCUGCCUGUCAGGAGAGAGAGCAUGCCCAUACUCAGGAAGCACGCUCAGACCUUUGUGGCGCUGUGUGCCACAGAUAAUAAAUUCAUAGCCAGCCCUCCAUCCAUGGUAGCUGCGGGCAGCAUGGUGGCAGCAGUGGAGGGCUUACAGAUGAAAAUGGUGGGAAAUACCUUGAUGUCGCAGAAACUGACAGAGCAGCUUGCACAGACCAUCAGGAGUGACCCGGACUGUCUCCGGGCGUGUCAGGAACAAAUCGAGUCGCUGUUGGAAACCAGUCUCAGACAGGCACAACAGCAAAACUCGGUCACUAUGGAAACUAAGAACACCGUCGAGGAGCAGGACCUCUCAACUACACCCACAGACGUGCGUGACAUAAACAUCUGACUGAGAUGAAAAAAAAAAGAGACGCAGGUUGAACUGAUGAAGUUGAUGAUUGUCUUUGACACAGACAAUUACAAACGCACACACGGUUGUGUGUGUGUUUGUGCAGUGUAUCGGAAGUCCACUGUGAGUCAUGUUGGGGACCAGAAAGAUGCUGACUGGAGUGACCGAGUAAACUGUUGGAGCUGCUGUCAGGUGAUCACAUGGAAACCAAACGUGGUCUAAUAUCCUAUCAUCAAAAUUGUGUUCGGAAGUGACAAUUCACUCGAAGCAGCACUUGCUUCACCUCAGUCAAUUUAUCACCUAUAUGAUAUUGUACAGUCAUUUUAAUAAUGUUUCUCUGUACUGACAGGCCCAACAGGCUACUACAUAGGUUUGAAGCAUAAGAAGGAUCUUUAGCAGUUUGAUAAAUGCUGUCUAUGGUCAAUGUGUAAAGUAAGACGUUUAUUAGCAGACAGUUGGGCUCCUGAGCCAAAAUCGCCUUGAUAUUUUACAGUAUGAGCUAUAAUGUAUUGAAAAAAAUGGAACAUAAUCUAUAAUUAUGUGUUCGAUUGAGGUUCCUGGACUGGGAGCUGAAAAAGCACGCCCAGUUGUGCAGUGGCUUUCAUAAACUGAUAAUCUUGCACAAAUUGAAAAGUGAAUUGUCUUCCAAAAUGAAACCACUCUUCUGAUACAAUGUAGUGCAUGGCGGACACCACUAGACGGUCAUUUGAGUGGGACGGAGUUUCCCCAGGAAAAAGGAACGAGCAGUGCUGAUUUUGUUUAAACAAAACAAAAACCUCAGGUGUUACUUAUCUUCUGAUAUUUAUUAUUUCAUAACACUUGACCGGUACAGGAGCGUUACAACUUGUUCAAGUUUUUCUUAGAGAGGAAGGCCUGUCAGUGUGUCUAGCUUCAGCUGCUCUACAUAACAUUACCCCACUUGGUCAACUAAAUUGUUGCACCUAUAUGGUGCUAUGAAUUUUUUUAUUUUUUUAAACGCUGUGUUGCGUAUGAAACGAGAUGUAUCAGGGAAAAAAGCCCUGUGUUGUGUGCUUUGUCUGUCCAAGGACAGUGUCAUUAUGAAUUAAAGGACAUGUCUAAGAAAA